UAGACGGAACCAUGUUCCAGAGACUGCUGAUGCAAUACCAGGCAAGGCGUUGGGCAAUUCCGUGGGAAAUGUAUGAGCCCCACCUCAACAACACAAACAUGAGUGCAAUACUUGAGGAAACGGGGCACGAGGUUCGCGAUUCAUUUAUAUGGUCGACCUUUGGUCAAACUAGACUGAAUAACCACAACUUUUCUCGAGUUAUAACGGACUUCGGACAGUGCUUCGUAUUCAACACCAAAGAACAGUACCAAGGAGAUUUGAUGAUCGACGGUGCAGGUUACACUUCUGGGCUGCACGUGACGAUGGAUGUGGAUCAGGAUAACUAUUACUACAGCGAGGGGUCCCGCUACAAUGCUGGGUUCUUUGUAUACCUCUUCUCGAAGGGAACUUUUCCGCAAGUGAGAGAUCUUGGAUUCAGCAUUUCCCCGGGCUUUGCCACACAGGUCGGCAUGGACGUGAGAAAGGUGACCAACCUUCCUCCACCUCGUGGAAACUGCUCUAAUGCCACUAUGAAGUAUUUUCAGAGGUAUGGUUACGCCGAAUGCCGGAUGGAGUGCGCCACCGACUACGUCGUUCAGAUGUGCGGGUGCAAAAUGGCGUUCAUGCCUGGUCCCUUUCGUGAAUGCAACCCUGUGGAACACCUCCGUUGUGCGAUUCGCCGCUAUGAGAAAACAUUUGAAGGAGAGAACUGUUCCUGCCCUAUUCCCUGUUCUACUAUGACCUAUCAUCCGACCAUCUCACAAGCAAUGCACCCCUCACCGUUCUACGCAGCUUACCUUCAAAACAUGUACCGAUUACGGGGCGUCGAAAUCGAUGAUGAUUAUUUCAGCAAGAACAUCUGUCAGCUGGAUAUUUACUUCAGGGAAUUGACCGUUAAGCGAGUUUUCGAACAACCAGCCUACACCUUCUUCGGAUUGAUGUGUGACAUCGGGGGCUCACUCGGUCUGUGGCUCGGAGGCAGUGUUCUUACGAUUGCCGAGGUCUUUGACCUUUUCGGCCAUGCCAUAUGUAUUUAUACAAGAAUCACUCGGAGGGGAAAACCGACGGACGGUCAUGGUCAUCGUGUAGUCGGUUCUACACUUCGGGCUCGCUUCGGAUGGACCAAUGACGACAUUGCUGUUCCGAAAGUGUCUCCUUAAAAUGAUUUUUUUUCGAGCUCCUAUCGGUAGUUUGAAACCAUAUUCGACACCAAGAAUAAAGGGUAGAAAAAAAUCAUGAAAAGUGUCAUUACAUGAUGUACUGCGCUGCAGUAUAUCUCACAAAUCGUCUGUGUCAUUAUGGCAAAUAAUGACAGGAAAACAUGAUUAUAUAGGUAUAUAUCAUCCGCUUUAGGGUCGAAAGUGCUUGAGACUAUGGCUAAGGAUUUAUUUUGCUUGGAGAGUGAGUUGCUGAAUCUCCUCAUACACCAAAAGUAUAAGAUAUUUCCAAUUUUCAAACGUCCUGCCCCCCCCCCCCCGAAUGCUUACGAUUAGAUUUAUUCAAUACCCCCCCCCCCUCACACACACGCGAAUCCACGCACGCACACCGUCCUCUCCUCCCAGGCAUUUCUCAUUAUGCAGACAACUAUGCUGUACUUGUCAAUAACAAUUUACAUGACAACUCGUAUUCGUGAUGCGUCACAACAUCCAUUCGAUCGUUUUGAGUGUCAAUCUUACAAACUACAAAAAUAGGAAGAGAUAGUUUAAGAAAGCACAAAAACAGAAUUCAUUAUUAAUUUGGAUCAGAAUAUAUAAUGAGAAUCAACCCUUUGUAUGCAUUAUUAUUAAAUUAUUCACAAUUUUGCCUUGUUAGGCUAUAAAUACCAAUAAAAUUAUUUUUAAAAGAAAUCGAAAUUAUAAUUAAUUCUUUACUUCGUAAUUUUUCAAUUAUUACUUUAAAUUUUUCAAAUACGCGUAUUUAGCAGACUAAAAAUGAUUGUACUCUUUCCGGGACUGUUUCAGCCUCUUUGGAGUUGAAAUAAUGACCCCAUAUAUUAAUGUCACGAUCGCACAAAGAGUUGACUUUUAUUCAGGUUUCAUCCGUAGCACCCGUGCAAUUUCACAGUUUCCGUAUGUACAGGCUCAACAGCAGUUCGUUGCAUUAAUUGGC